AUGGGGAUUGUCCACUUACCAUCUCUGGACGACUAUUGGAGUAGAGACCCUCUUACACACUACGCCCCCAUCACGACAAGGAUUCCUCGGUGGCGCUUCAGGGAAAUCUCUCGGUACCUGCACUUUGUCAACAACCAACAUCUUGCUCCGAGAGGAAGUCCCACGUUUGAUCGGCUGGGUAAGGUCCGCCCUGUGAUUGAUCAUUUCAGCUUGCAAUUCUCAGCCUUGUAUAAUCCAUCCAAGAAUCUUGCUGUGGAUGAAGCAAUAUCCACAGCAAUGAUCAAAUUUCAGGGUCGGUCCGCUCUCAAGCAGUAUAUGCCUAUGAAGCCGAUCAAGCGUGGGAUCAAAGUGUGGGUACUGGGAGAUAGUACCAAUGGGUACUUCAGUCGUUUCGAUGUGUAUACGGGGAAGCAGGAAAUACGUCAUGUCGGCCUCGGGGAACACGUGGUGAAGAAAUUGACAAGCGAGUUGAAGAGGAAGAACCACCACGUCUACUUUGACAACUUCUUCACCAACGUCAAACUGCUCGAGGAUUUGUUGGAGGACGGAAUCUAUGGUUGUGGGACUGCUCGCAGAGACAGGAAAGGUUUUCCUCCUGCAUUGAAGAAAGCUGCCCUAAAAAAUUCCCUAAAACAGAGAGGUACCAGUAAGACAGUCCAGAAGGGCCCCGUGACAGCAACCGCCUGGAAGGAUAACAGGAUCGUGAACGUCCUCUCCACGACAACACAGCCCACAGCUAUAGGUUCCGUUCUCCGGCGACAAAAGGAUGGAGUCAGAAUUAAUGUGCCAUGCCCAGAGGCCAUUAUGUCGUACAACCAGCACAUGGGUGGAGUUGACAGGGGUGACCAGCUCAGGGGCUACUACAGCUGCUAAUAAAGGCU